CGCGAACAAAAAUAAACGGAAAAAAAAAAAAUUUCCCUCCGGUGCAGCUCCCGGUUCCUUAGCGGGGUCGCCGUGCCGAAGAGCAACCGCUACCCUCACUCUCUCUCUCUCACGCGCACACACGCUGAUCAAUUCCUCCCUCGCCCUAUCUGCGAUUCUCGAGUGACGACGAGAGGUGUGUGUCUCCGCCAUGGCCGUGUUUGCUGGCAGAGGGACAGGGCAGCAGAACGGGGAAGGAGCAAGAAAAUGGUCAAGCUCAGCAUUGGUUUUCUGAGUUAACUCCCCUCUGUCGGUCCCCUUCCCUCUCCCUCCUUCCCUGUCUCCCCACCUGUAACUUCACAUCCAUCGGUCCAUCGCCUUUUCCGGACCCACAUCAGAUCCGAAAAUCUCUCUCUCUCGCUCCUCUCCCUCUCCUCUCUUUCUCUCUCUACCUGGAAUCUCGCCGUUGCUUGCCUCGUACGUCUCGCAUUCCGGGCCAGACCCAAGACCCAGAAAAGAAUUCUCUCGUAGAUUUUUGUGAUUCUUUCGCUUAGAUUUUCCCCUCCCCCUCUCAGCGUCUGCCACAUUCGCCUCAUAGAUUUUCUGAUCCUUUUCUUGGUUGGGUGUUCGAUUUGUUCGUAGGGUUUAGUGGUUUUAAUCUCUCGAUCCGGAAAUUCAUCUGGGAGUCCGCAUUGUUCUAUUCAUUUUGAUUUGGGAAUUUUUUUUUUAAAUUUGGUGGGUCAUAAUUGUUAGCGGAGAAGUAUUGGCAUAACAACUUGUCAGCUUGAAUUGCUUCGUUUUAGUCGAAUUCAUUCAGUUCGCGGAUCUGGUUCUGUGGCAAUCGGCAAUUCUGACGUUUGAGUGAUAUUUUUUGUCUAUUGUCAUUGAUUUUUUGGAUUCCUGGGGUUUGUUGCAAGUAGAUGUUUGGAUCCGGGUAUCUGCACCCAUGAUUGUAUAAAUUGGAGGUGUUUUGGUGCCUCGUGAAAUGCUGACCGAUGCUUCACAGAUUGAAUAAGCUGAUGGGCUGCAUUUGCUCCAAAGGGAUUCUCUCGAAUGAGGGAAAUUCCAAAGACCGGGAAACAAAGCUGAGCAAAUCUUCCAAGAGAUUUGUCAGCUCAUUUAAGAGAGAUGAGGUUGUGGUCGAGCCUGAUGGGGUGGGCAAUGAGGCCACAGCACGGUUAAUUUCAAGCUCUCUCGGGGUCGAAACUGAAAAUGAGCGUGACAAAAAGGGAUCCGGUGCUAUUGAUGAUAAGCCCUCAAAGGCUGUUCAGAGAAGGGUGACGGCCGACAUUGGUGAUAGCGGUGGGUCCAGUGGACAAUUACAACAACAGCAGCAGCCUAGGAUGGGCAGAGUGGGGAGCUUGUCCCAUGGAGAGAGAGGGGCACAAGUUGUUGCUGGGUGGCCAUCUUGGUUGAGCUCAGUGGCUGGAGAAGCCAUAAAUGGGUGGAUCCCGAGAAGGGCGGACUCAUUUGAGAAGCUUGAAAAGAUUGGUCAGGGUACCUAUAGCAGUGUGUACAGAGCGCGUGACCUCGAGACUAACAAAAUAGUGGCCCUGAAAAAGGUUCGAUUUGCUAACAUGGACCCAGAAAGCGUUCGAUUUAUGGCGAGGGAAAUACUAAUUUUGAGAAGGCUCGACCAUCCAAAUGUCAUGAAACUUGAAGGUUUGAUCACUUCAAGGGUUUCAGGCAGUCUCUAUCUCAUAUUUGAGUAUAUGGAGCAUGAUCUUGCUGGCCUUGCUGCAACUCCUGGUGUUAAAUUCAGCGAAGCUCAGAUCAAAUGUUACAUGCAGCAGCUGCUCCGUGGGCUUGAACAUUGCCACAGUCAUGGUGUUCUGCACCGUGACAUUAAAGGCUCGAACUUGUUGAUCGACAAUAAUGGGAACUUAAAGAUUGCAGAUUUCGGACUUGCAACGUUGUACCAGCCUCACCAGAAGCAGCCUCUUACGAGUCGUGUGGUCACAUUGUGGUAUCGGCCUCCUGAGCUCUUGCUUGGUUCAACUGACUAUGGACCAUCCGUGGAUUUGUGGAGUUCAGGCUGCAUUCUUGCAGAACUGUUUGCUGGGAAGCCCAUUAUGCCUGGAAGAACGGAGGUGGAGCAGCUGCAUAAAAUUUUCAAACUUUGUGGUUCUCCUUCAGAAGCAUACUGGAAAAAGUCAAAGUUGCCGCAUGCCACGAUCUUCAAACCUCAGCAACCUUACAAGCGUGUCCUCGAAGAAACUUUUAAGGAUUUCCCUCUGUCAGCUAUGGCCCUCUUAGAAAUUCUUCUUGCUAUAGAACCUGAUCACCGUGGAUCGGCUUCUUCGGCCCUUCAGAAUGAGUUCUUUACUACAAAGCCUGUUCCAUUAGACCCAUCAAGUCUGCCCAAGUACCCCCCGAGCAAGGAGUUUGAUGCUAAGCUCCGAGACGAGGAAGCAAGAAGGCGAAAAGCUGCAAAUAAAGGCCGCGGAAAUGAACCAGUUAAAAGGAAUCUCAAAGAAUCUAAAGCGGUUCCACCUCCAGAUGCUAAUGCAGAAUUGCAGGCGUCAAUUCAGAAGCGACAAGGUCAAGGGCAGCCGGACUCCAUCAGCACAAGCGAGAAAUUCACCAACGAGGAAGAUGGGGGCACUGGGUUCCCAAUUGAGCCUCCUAAAGGGGUGGCAUCAAAAGGCAUCUCCCACUCAGGCCAGUCCUCACGCGUAAGCAAGCUUGGCUCUGGUCAGGCAGUGAAUGCAAAAGAGGGUGCGGCACUGACAAUCUAUGAUUACGAUUCCUCAAGGAGUGGCCGUGAGGAGUCAAGACCGCAUAGAUCUUAUGUGGACAAGGCAGCAGCCCAGCUGUCAAGGUUCUCAAACUCUGUUGCAGUUCGAGGCAGUUCACGGUUUGAUGGCCACAAGGAGACAGGUGGCAAGUAUGACCGCCUUGAUGGAGGGGAGUCCUCAGGAAAGCCUGAGUGGGCCAACCAUCUGCUGGAUCAGCCAGAUUCUUCAUACAAGAAGGGUAGAGAGGUUUCAGGGAAGGAGUUCACUACGGGCUAUUCCCCUCGAAAGAACCGGAUACACUACUCGGGCCCAUUGCUAGGACCGGGAGGUAACCUUGAAGAAAUGCUCAAGGAGCAUGAGAAGCAAAUCCAACAUGCAGUUCGAAAAGCCCGUCUCGAGAAGGUUAAGACCAGGCAAGACCACAGCGAGAGCAGGCAGACUGAGUCACUACUUCAAUAUGGGAGAAACGGGAGGUGACCAUUGUCAAAUGGAAAACUGUCAGCUCGAUAUAGAAUCAAGAAACAGUUACAGAGAAGCACAAGGCCAUUCUAAAGACAUGAUGAGUUUCCCCGUCUGGAAUAGGGAACUGUCCGGUGCAGCAAGCAUGCGACGGGGCUAUGGACUGCACGGUCCGCUUAUUUGGCUACGGAAAACUGGGGAAGAGCUUCCAGUUUUAAGUUUUUCUCUUCUCGAGGAACAGAAGGGGCAAAGAAAAAGAUCUGCCGCAUUUGCGAUGAACAAGAAGUUGGGAUCUUUAAUCUGGAGGAUGCAUUCUGCGAGAAAGUGUGAUCCGGCACAUACCUUCUCCCUUUCUUGCUCGUCUAACAGAAAGAGAGAGACGUUUUCCAGAACCCAUCUGGGCUGGUAAUUAUUUUGGGGGGUGGUUUCUGAUUAUGGGAGUCAUUUUCAGAAACCCGCUGAAAGGGAAAUUGGGUUUUGUUCAAAAUCUGUGGAUACAUUCUUUGUAAUUGUACAGUUGGAAGGAAAAAAAAAAAAACAGAAAAAACAAAAAGAAAACGAGAACAAAUUCUUACAUCCUCGGUCGAUAUUGAAACUUCGAUUCAUGUUGUCGAUGGUGUUCAAUUUUGAAUUGUCAAGAGUUAUGUUUGUCGGAAAUCUAGUUGGCGGUUGAAUCAU